GAAUCCAAAUCCCUCCCUUCCUCCUGCGCAGUGACAAACUAGAAAGGAGAAAAAUGGCGAGGGAGAAGAUGAGCCCAGGCGUAAAGAUUCUUUGGCUCUGGACCAUCGGCACCGCUGCUAUUUUGGUUACAAAUGUCGUGAGGACUAGAAUAAGAGACAUGGAACAGAUGAUGAACCCGCAACAACAACAACAAAAGGAAAGUAAUUUAUCUGAUUCAAUCAUCGUUGAGACCUCGCCGGAGUAUGAUGAGGGAAGUAUUAGAGAAGUUAAAUAAUGGGUUUGUAUUGGAUUCCCAGAUUUUGCAUUGUUUACUCCAUUGUAUCGUUUGGUUUUUGAUAAUUGAAUCUUGAUUUCUGUUUGAGAGUAUAGUUGUUGCAAUGUGAUUUGGCUUGAAUUUGUGUUUAUGGUUUCGUUUGAUGCUCAACAGGCUGACCUAUAUUGAGUUUUUUGGUGUGUUCCAUGUGUUUGUUGAAAUGUCUAACUUAGUUAAGGUUCCUGUGAUCUUAAUACAAUUGCGGUGCAGUAGUCUGAGAAGUUCUUUACCCUUUUCUGUCUAUGCUUUUAGUACCCAGUACACCAUAGAGAAAAGUAGUUGCAAUCAUUUGGUGAAAACACAAAUCCAUGGUUACAGUGGUGUGAUGGUUCGUGCAGACUAGCAUUUCAUUUUAGCCAAGUAUGAAUUCUUCCAUGCCAAUGCCACUACAUUUUUCUUUCAUUUGUUUUGUUCUCUUCUGCCUGCUUUCCAUUUUUAUGUUCCCAUCCUGGUUUAAUAGUAUUUAGAGCUAUCAAUCAUGGAUUUAGACGAAACACAUUCAUAUAGACAUAAAUGGAGUAUGACCGUUUAUAAGAUGCAAUGAAUAAAAGCUAUUAACUUCA